CUUAGGCUCGUCAGACCUCCAUUCUGUACCCACCCACGGUCCCUCGUACUGCUGUACGUGAACACGUGGGAGCACUAGAACAGUGUGUACAAGACUAGGAGAACCGCUCUCUGCCACAACAUACACGGGCGCUUGCGUGAAUAUGUAUGGCCUUCCUCGCGUGCGGAAGGCGAGGCGAAUUCUAACAAGACUUUGCAGCCAAGUCCGAUCCGAGUACAGUAUUUGGUUUGGUGGCGUUCGCCUCUUCUCUUCCCGUUCCGCAUCCCCCAAUGUCGCCUCGUGACGCGACGUUUUCACUCUCGGGGACCGCAUGCCCGUGCACUCACACUCCCCCUUGAGUCUCCUGUACAGUAGUAUACACGGAGCUCACAGUUGUUAGUACAGUACUAUCAGCUGAAGGUUUUCCUAAACCAAGCAGGCCGCGUAGCACCUACUGACAACGACCCGCCAUCUAACAACGCCGCGCCCCUCCAUCAACAGCUUCCACCCGAUCCACUUUCCGACAGUAGCACUGCCGCGCCCAGCUUGGCCCCGUUACAAUGGCAUCCGCCCCUCUCCCACCAGGCGACUAUCACACCUGCCAUCGUCCUUCCCGCUGCCGCCGCCGCGAUUCGCUCUCGUCCCUGUCGCUCCCAGCGCUUCUCCUCGCCGCGGCGUGCUGCGCCCUGCUCCCGCCUGAGCGCGGCGGCAUCAUCCCAGGGGUCCGCGCGGCGCCGCAAGUCCCGUGGGACAACUUCACGUCGCCGUGCCCGCCGCUCGCCGACCCUCCCCCCGACGCUCGCCCGCUCUCCCGCUCUCCCGCUCUCCCCGCUCUCCCGUUCGCCCGCUCUCCAGCUCUCCCGCUCUCCCGCUCUCCCGCUCUCCCGCUCUCCCGCUCUCCCGCUCUCCCGCUCGGCCGCUCUCCCGCUCUCCCUCUGUCCCGCUCGCCCGCUCUCCCGCUCUCCCGCUCUCCCUCUGUCCCGCUCGCCCGCUCUCCCGCUCUCCCGCUCUCCCGCUCGCCCGCUCUCCCGCUCUCCCGCUCUCCCGCUCUCCCGCUCUCCCGCUCUCCCGCUCUCCCGCUCGCCCGCUCUCCCGCUCUCCCGCUCUCCCGCUCUCCCGCUCGCCCGCUCUCCCGCUCUCCCGCUCUCCCGCUCUCCCGCACUUCCGCUCGGUCGCUCUCCCGCUCUCCCGCUCGCCCGCUCUCCCGCUCUCCCGCUCUCCCGCUCUCCCGCUCUCCCGCUCUCCUGCUCUUACACUCUCUCGCUCUCCAGCUCUCCCGCUCUCCUGCUCUCCCGCUGUCCCGCUCGCCCGCUCUCCCGCUCUCCCGCUCGGCCGCUCUCCCGCUCUCCCGCU